AUGGCUCCAAGCGCUACCACAUCGAAGAAAACCGCCUCGCAGCAGCAGGAGCUCAGGAUUGAAGGCAGUAGCCGCAAGCACGACCACGACUCUGCCACCGCCGCCGGGCAAGAUGGCCGUGACGUACCGCCAUACCUCGAAGCGCUCUCGAAAUCGCAAUACGCUGCUGCGACUCACCCACCAACAUCAUGCCUCCAGAUCCUAGCAGGACCCGGCUCGGGCAAGACGCGCGUGCUCACGUCCCGCGUCGCCUGGCUCAUCCUCGACCCAGCAAACAAGCUCAAGCCCGAAGAUAUUUUGGUGGUCACCUUUACAAACAAGGCGGCGAACGAGAUGAAGAUGCGUCUCGUGAAGCUGAUCGGCAAGGAGCGCGUCGAUAAUCUCGUCAUUGGCACUUUUCACUCGGUCUGUGCCAGGUACCUACGCAAGUAUGGCAAGCUCAUAUCGCUACCGAACAACUUCACCAUCAUCGAUUCAGACGAUGCAAAGCGCAUGUUCAAGGCUAUCCUCAAGGAUCUCAAAGCCGAUCUUGAUAAGGAGCAUAUUUCGAUCAAACCAGAACAGGCCAUGUCCGAGAUAUCGAAAGCCAAGGCAAAGGAGAUUGAUCCGAUCAGAUACAGGGACCUAGCAGAGCAAGAUAGAGCCAAGGGCGAGUCCCGCAAGGCGCCCAUCGGCAGACAAUUCACUGGCUCGGCUCCCUUCAAAAUGAUCAUGGCCACCAUCUAUACCAUGUAUCAGCAGCAACUCGUCGACGCCAACGCGUUGGAUUUUGAUGACCUGCUUGUGUACGGCGUCCAACUCUUUCGGCGCCAGAAUCAGGUGGUGCGCAACAUUCAGCACGUCCUCGUCGACGAGUUUCAGGAUACCAACAUCACCCAGUAUGAGCUCAUGCGUCUGGUCGCUACCGCCUCGCAAGCCGUCAGCAUUGUCGGCGAUCCAGAUCAGAGCAUCUACGGUUGGCGUAGCGCAGAGAUCGGCAACCUCGACAAGAUGACGAAAGAGUUCAACGGUACCAAGCAAGCGCGGCUCGAAGAAAACUACCGAAGUACCGGCGCCAUCCUCGAGCUUGCCCUCAAAGUGGUUCAACAGGACACGUCCCGCGUCGACAAGGAUUUGUACACUUCCCAUCCUCGCGGACUGCCCGUCGUUCUCAAGUCGCACGGCUCGGCACAGCUGGAAGCAUCGUACAUCGCAUCCGAAGUCAAACGUCUCGUCGCUCAUUCUGGCGGCAUGCUCGACUUCAAUGACUUUGUCAUCCUUCUACGCUUCAACUACCUCUCGCGUGCCAUUGAAGCCGAGUUGCAAGCCAGAGGCAUCGACUCGAGAAUGAUGGGCGGACACAAGUUCUUUGACCGUAUGGAAGUCAAGGAUCUCCUCGCCUACUUGGCUCUCGCCGACAAUCCUGGUUUCACCCCGGCAUUCAUCCGUGUCGUCAAUGUGCCGAAACGUGGCAUCGGUGAGAAAGGCAUCACCGAUCUGCUCAAUAUGGCCAAAGCAGAGGGUUGCAAGCCAAUGAAGCUCGUCGAAAAAGUCGUGUCGGGCGGCAAGAAUCCAGGUAUCAAGCCGGCCAUGAAAAAGGGUUUGAAGGAUUUAGUCGAAGCCGUCGGCGCGGUGCGAGAGGCAGCAAGAACGGGCACACCAGUUGCGCAACUCCUGGAGACGCUCAUCGAAAAGAUCAACUACGAGAACUACCUCAAGGCUCAACCGGACUACGAAGCGCGCUGGGGCAACGUGCAGGAGCUCAUCUCCUUCUCCACCAUUGUCGCUCAGAAUGUAGCCUAUGCUGAUGCAAACGCUCCAUCGGUCCCUCUCGAGCAGAUCCUUUCGCAUACGCUUUCCAAUCAAGAGGGUACUGACACAGGACGGAGCUUGCGAGAUGACAGCGAUGACGAGGACGAUUCAUUCGAGGAGGUCGACAUCAAGCCAUCCCGCAGCGAAGAGUUGCCAACGUCACCGGAUACUCACCCCUACUUCAAGAAGCAUGGCACCGGGAAGCGAAAAUUGAAGCUACCGGCCAAGGGUGAGAUCAUUGAUUUGUGCGACUCGAGCGAAGAAAGUCAGGAAUCUGCGCAGGUUCGCGAGACACAAGCUUCCCCAGCCAAGAAGCGACGCACCGCCAAAAAGGAGCCCCCCGCGGCUGAGGAAGAAGAGGCUUCCGCCGACGACGAUGACAAGCCAAAAUCCGCACUCUUGUCGCAGCUCGACGAGAUUGAGGAAAAGGUGGACACGCGCUCGCAAGAUGAUGCAGACGAAGCGGACGACGAGGAGCAAGAAGAAAAGACGCCGCUGCGCGUGUUCCUGGAAGCUUCGAUCCUCGCCACCGACAUGGACGCAGAGACGGAUCAAAAGGACGAAAAGAAGAAACCGAAAGUGACCAUAUCGACCUGCCACGCAGCCAAAGGUCUCGAAUGGCCCGUCGUCUUUAUCCCUGCCAUCGAGCAAGGCUGCUUCCCCUCCUUUCGGUGCGAGAGGCCCGACGAGGUUGCCGAAGAGCGUCGUCUGCUGUAUGUCGCCAUGACACGUGCCGAGAGCGUGCUGUACCUCACGCACGCCUCUGCACGAAUGCAGGGAGGGGAUACGCAGGACAAGAUCAUCAGCAACUUUGUCGCUUCCGUCGCUUCCAAGACAGACGGUGGGACCUGUGACGCGAAGAAGGCGAUCAAGUUUUGCACGACGCGUCCGGAGGUGGAUUACCGGGCUGUGAAGACGAUGGCCGAGGUGACGGGGAAGGACUUGCCGACGGAGGCAAAGGUCAAGGCGGCGGUGGCGGAGUGGGACAAGACGUCGGGUAAGGAGGUGAAGCAGGUGGAUCAGAUGAACAGUGGCCGCAUGACUGGUUUUGGGACGUACGCGAGUUACGGCGGCGCAGGUGGAUAUACGACAGCCGGGGUGCACAGCGGCGCUACUGGAGGAUGGAAUUCGCAAAUGGGCUUCGGUCUGUACAGCGACGACGGUCUUCGGUCUAGCUCUGCUGGACGUCAGUCGCAGUCGCAGAGUGGAGACGAUGUUCGCAGAACGCUGGGAUUCACGCCGCCCACGCUCGGCAGCUUCUCGUCUGCGGUUGACGACGAGGCUUCGCCGGGCCCGGCGUACUCGGGCUUCCAACGCGCGUCCUCCUUGGGAGGGGUCGGCCGCGGAGGUGGAUUCGGAGCUUUUGUCAACCGCAACUCGAAGUUCCCCGCACACUCAGGCUCGUCAGGUGCGGGCGGGAGACACAAGCAGCCUCUGAUCCCACCCUCGCGUCAACCAGCAGCGACACCGUCGGCCCCACCGUCGUUCACAGACGCGGUCCGGUUGAGGGCUAGACCCGAAGAUUCGCUUGACUGCGAUCAACCGUCCUCUUCCUUCAAAAUCCGCGGAAUCGGUGCUAUCUGUCAAACCGCCAUCUCGCAACACGGAACCUCGCACACGCACCUCGUGUCUUCGUCCGGAGGGAAUGCCGGUCUCGCCGUAGCCUACGCUGCAUCGCGUGCCGGUGUGGGCUGCACGAUCUUCGUCCCGCUUUCGACGGAAGAGGAUGUGAUCGAGAAGCUGCGGGCGGACGGUGCAGUGGUGGUGGUGGGUGGUGAUUCGUGGGAUCAAGCUGAUGCGGCGGCGAGGAGCGAGGUGGAGACGAGGGAGGGGAAUGCGGUCUACGUUCAUCCUUUUGAAGGUGACCAGUUGGUGGAGGGUCACAGUGGGGUGAUCGACGAGGUGGCGGAGCAGAUGGAAGGGAGUGGGGAGAUGGAUGUGCUGAUAAGCUCGGUCGGCGGAGGUGGACUGUUGCGUGGUAUCAUGAAGGGUGUGCAGAGACAAGGAAAGGAGGGGCAAGUGACGUUGGUGGCGGUCCAAAACUUUGGCGUCGACUCUUUCAAUCGCUCUCUGGACAAGUACAUUUCGUCGAAACAAGGUGAUCUUCCGGACAAAGUCGUGGAACUAUCAGCCAUUGAAAGCAAAUGCACCUCGAUGGGGACCAAGAAAUGCUCCCUCACUACUCUCCACGACGCGAUCCGCUAUCGUCAACGAGAUGGGGAGAUGACAACGUUGACAGUGACGGAUCCACUUUCAGCUUCGGCUUGCUGGCAGUUCUCAAAGCUGGCAGAAGACGGGAGGAGGAGGAUGGUUGAGUUGAGCUGUGCAUCGGCGUUGACGCCGGUGUUCCACCCGUGGAUCUUGAAGAGGGUGAUCGAGGGAAGCGAUAGGUUGAGAAGGAAGGUGGAAGAGGAGGGGAAGAUGCUGAAUGUGGUGGUAGAGGUGUGCGGUGGAAGCAAGGUCAACGAGGCAUUGUUGACGGAGUACGAGCGGGAAGCUGGAUCGAUGGAGAGAGGAGACAGGGUAAGGGUCAACGGCGUAGAUCAUCCCGCUUCCUCCAACUGA